AUAUUGACCUCUCCAUUAUCCCAUGGAAAUAAAAUUUGGGAGGUCAAGAAAUGAAUAGAGAUUGAAUUGUUAGGUCAUUUUGUCUUAUUUAUUUGUUAAUUUUAUACUCAUUAACAACAUUUGAACGAGUUUUAAGUUUUUUAGUCAAGGUAGAAAUUGCUAUUUUUUUUGUAGCUAACUAUGAUCUCCAUGCUUAUUAUUCUAUGUGGGCUGUUACAAAACACUCUAGAGAGUGAGCCAAUUUUAUUUGACCUUGGAUUGGUUAAAAGAAGAAGAGCAUGUGCUUUUUUGCAAUAAUCAAUUUUCAUUGAACUUGGAGAAAUACUAUUUUGACCAACUAGGAUUUUAGUUUGUUUGUAACUUAAGUUAAAACUAUAGUGACACUAUUAAUGUCUAUGCCCAAUGAACAAUUAUGGUAAAUAGCUAACACAAUACAUCUUUAGGGCGCUUAGCGCCCGUGAUUAGAAAAAAGGCAUCUCCGCAUGCGCGUGAUGCGCUCAAACGCAUGCGGAGACUAGAUUUUCCUUUAAAACCCCAACCGCUUCUUGCACUCCUCUCAAAAACCCCAUUUCCCACUUCGUGAAGAAACAUCUUGCUCUUUCCCCCAUCAUCUUCUCUCUGGCCCUUUUUCCUUUUCAGUGUAGUUUCUGGUUCUCUGGGGAUUGUCCUCAACUGCGUUCUCUACUUUUCUUUCUUUCGUUUCAAGAUUCGUUUGAAAUGGAUCAAAAAACAGUGCAUGUUUUCAAGGUUUUGUUCGGAGUCUUAGGAAAUGGCACCGCUUUCUUCCUCUUCUUGUCACCCACAAUUACAUUUAAGAGGAUCAUGAGGAAGAAAUGCACAGAGCAGUUCUCAGGCAUUCCCUACGUGAUGACUAUGCUCAACUGCCUCCUCUACGCUUGGUAUGGGCUGCCAUUUGUGUCCGCGAACAACUUUCUGGUGUCAACAGUCAAUGGGACUGGUGCAGCCAUGGAACUCAUAUAUGUGUUGGUCUUCAUCAUUUUCGCCCCCAAAAGGGAGAGAGCCAAAAUUCUUGGUCUCUUCACUGCUGUGCUUGCUCUGUUCUCUGCUGUGGCAUUGGUCUCUCUUUUUGCCCUCCACGACAAGACCCGGAAACUCUUCUGUGGCCUCGCUGCUACCGUCUUCGCGAUCAUCAUGUUCAGCUCUCCUUUGUCGAUUAUGAGCACAGUGGUGAGAACUAAGAGUGUUGAGUUUAUGCCAUUUUUCUUGUCACUUUUCUCCUUCUUGUGUGGAACUUCAUGGUUUAUCUAUGGCCUGCUUGGCCGUGAUCCAUUUGUUGCUAUUCCAAAUGGGUGUGGGAGUGUCUUAGGGGCACUGCAGCUGAUCCUGUACUUCAUCUACCGUGACAACAAGGGCAAGGGCAGUGGCACCACGAAGCCCAAUGGUGCUGCAACUACUGCUGACGAAUCAAUUACCAUUAAUGGCGCCCAAGAUGGGCAUGUCUAAGAACCCGUCUGCUUCCUACGAUGGGUUAUUGCCACGUGGCAGUGGCAUCUCCAAACUUCCAUUUUCCAGUUCUUGUUGUUCUAGUGUUGUACUUGUAGUAGCUUAAAUUUCCAGCUAAUGAUGUUUUAAUGACAAUGCCACUCUGAUUAGACGUCCUGAUUGAAUCAAUCAUAUUACUUAGCUGAUUUCUAUA